GGACACUCUUCUCGGUUCAUCGGUCAUUCACGCCUCACGGGAGACCAGGCCUCCCCUUCUCCUCUCCACUGUCAAAUUGAUCUCCGAAAAAGCUUCAUUGCAUUACAGACUCUUCUGAUUUGGGAGCUUUGGUCGGACAGAUUGAGUUGUGGCGCCGAUGGGGAGCACUUCGCUAGCUGGAUUGAAGGAUCAUUUGAAACUUGCGAGAGAAUACGCCAUUGAAGGCCUUUACGACACCGCUGUUAUCUUCUUCGAUGGCGCCGUUGCUCAGAUCAACAAGCAUGUUAACACAGUUGAUGAUCCUUUGCUUCGAUCAAAGUGGAUGAAUGUAAAGAAAGCAAUACUUCAAGAAACAGAAGUGGUUAAACAGCUGGAUGUGGAGAAGAGGUCUUUGAAAGACGGCCCCGCUGGUAGACGCCCUUUGUCUCCUCCAAUUUCGAGUAAAUCGGCGUCAUCAUUUCUCUUCCAACCACUGGAUGAAUACCCUACUCCAUCUAGUGUUCCAAUGGAUGAUCCUGAUGUUUGGAGACCUCCACCAAGUCGAGACAGCGCAUCUAGAAAGCCAUCAAGAGCAGGUAUGAGAAAGUCUCCUCAAGAUGGUGCUUGGGCACGCAGCUCUUCCACUCCUACCAGAACAGGAACCCCUGGUCGAGGGGGAAAGCCUGGAUCUGUUAAGGCUAGCACGGGGACUCGAACAUCAACAACAACAACAACAAAGAAAGGGAAUGGGAAGUCUGCAAAAGUUGAAUCACCUAAUGGUGAGGGUGAAGAUGGGAAGGCUAAAAAGGUGGAAUAUGAAGGUCCUGAUCCAGACUUGGCAGCUAUGCUUGAGAGAGAUGUUUUGGAAACAAGCCCCGGUGUGAGAUGGGAUGAUGUUGCUGGGUUAAGCGAGGCAAAAAGACUUCUAGAGGAGGCUGUGGUUCUCCCAUUAUGGAUGCCUGAAUACUUCCAGGGAAUAAGGAGACCAUGGAAAGGUGUUCUUAUGUUCGGUCCACCUGGCACAGGGAAGACUCUUUUAGCAAAAGCAGUUGCAACUGAGUGUGGGACAACAUUUUUUAACGUUUCUUCUGCCACAUUGGCUUCAAAAUGGCGUGGAGAAAGUGAGCGUAUGGUUCGGUGUUUGUUCGACCUUGCUCGUGCCUAUGCUCCCAGCACAAUAUUCAUUGAUGAAAUUGAUUCACUUUGCAAUGCUAGAGGGAGACGGCUUGAAAAAAGGAUAUACAUUCCCCUUCCAAGUUUUGAAAGCCGCAAGGAGCUUAUCCGGAUCAAUUUGAAAACCGUUGAGGUGGCGACGGAUGUGGAUAUAGACGAAGUGGCACGAAAAACGGAGGGAUACAGCGGGGACGACCUGACAAACGUGUGCCGAGACGCGUCUUUGAAUGGGAUGAGGCGCAAGAUAGCAGGGAAGACGAGGGACGAGAUCAAGAACAUGGCCAAGGAUGAGAUCUCCAAGGACCCCAUCGCAAUGUGCGACUUCUUGGAAGCCAUAAAGAAAGUCCAGCCCAGUGUUUCCGCAGCCGACAUUGAGAAGCACGAAAAGUGGUUCUCUGAGUUCGGAUCUGCAUAAUGGAUGGAAUCAUCUGUUCAUUUGCUGCCAUGAUCUUCUUGUGCAUCUUUGAAAAACAUAAUGGGUUUUAUGAGGAUGAAUUGCUGUUGUGAUUUUCUUGUAAAUUUUAAGUUAUAUCUCUUGUAGCUUUGAAGCAGAAAAUGCUAUACUGUGUUUGUAACUUGAUUUAU